AGCUCCAACCCCAUCCCAUCAGCCUGCCCCAACUGUUAGGGCCUGUACGUUUGAGGUUCAAGUAGGCCAUUUUGAGUAACCAAACAAAGAUAUCCCAGCCCUGACUUCAGGUCUCCCUCCAAUCCGUCCCCUUGUAGAGCGCACCAGUCACUAUUUGAACAGCUCUGGUUACCUAAGUAAAUGUCCCAUUCAUUUUCUCCAUUGAUAUUUCAGAAAAAUCGUUAUAAAGAGUUUUAAGCCUGUAACCAGGUCAAUCAUCAAUCAGGUUAGCCAUGACCAUUCAACAUUUGAUCCGGGCAAAAUAAAAAAUGGAAAACGGAAAAAAGGCAAAGGUACAACUUUUACCUUUGUUCUUGUAGGCCUACAGUCUUUUACCAUACAAAACUACGUUGGACACAGCUGGUCCCUACUGCAGGCAGUAAUUUGGAGAAAAAAAUCCAUCUGUGUGUACUUCAACCUCUGCGAAAUUGGCUUGAAGAUAGUUGAUGGAUAAAUGGUGAAAUUCCCAGAAUAACUUCAGUGUUAAAGGAACACAAAGGAAGGUGGAAUUUUGUUGAAGAAGGGCUGGAGCAGCGAGCAAAGCUAAUCACAGACAUCCUCCCGGGAACGACAUGCCUCUCUUCACUCCUCUCAAAUUUCUAUAGAAAAAAUAACAAUAUAAUCUGAAUGAUUGCUUAUACAUUUAAAUUUCUUCUUUAAUACGCAGGUGACUCAAAAGGCCAGACAAACUGUGUCUGAUACUGUUUAUCCCCUUUUCAACAAAUUCAGUCCCCUGAGACGCUACAGAGCAGCUAAAGCAACCCAGAACGUCUACAAAGUAUUUUAUACCAAAUCCAUUAACUUUUCCAUGUCUGUUGUUGCUGUCUGUACUGUGGAUGUUGUUAUUAUUCUAUUGAAUUAAUUGUGAUUUACUGUGAUGUAUUUUAACUAGCCUGAGAAAAUACAUUUCCAAAUUUGUAGACGUGGUGUGGAGUAGUAGUUAUGUAGGACUUCUUGAAAUAUUAGUAACCUAUAAUGAUUCUAAUAGGCCUACUAUCAUAUAGCCUAAUUUAAUUAGACUAAUAUCUAGAUGCUAAUUGGCACGUUAGUCAUAUUUUUGUCAUAGAAUCGCUCCCUUCUAUAAAAACAUCCACUUGUACACCCAACCCGACAUGGACGUGUAACUUGAGUUAUCACUUCCCGUCCGACCAGUGGUGAGGGAAGAGGUCGGGAGUCUGUGAGACGCAGCAAGUGGCUUGGGUUUCCGACUCUACUCACGGGUCUACGGCGAGGGAUUAGUUACCUCAGGCCGACGUUACUGUGACGCUGACAGAAGUAUCGGUUGUCGACACCAGUUUCUGUCAGCUCGCUUCUCCACUUGAGUCAACAUGGUGUCUGCGUCUGGCAAUGUGAUGCAAGGCACAUUCUCACCUUCAAACAGAAUCUUGGAGUUGGCCUGCCACAAAUGUUCCAAAACAGUUUUUGUUACAACACCUUGUGAGAAGCUCACCUGGGGAAACCAGGAGACGAUAUGGCCUAUCUGUCGCUCUGCACUGACCGCGCUUCCUUCCAGAAGAACGCAACGCUUGGCCCGGCCGAAGAGAGAUCUCACAGCAGGGGGCCCCGACCACAACAGAAGAGAGGAAGGGAGCUUCUGGAGGAAGACUCCCCCACUAUGUCCUUCCUCCAAGAGGUCCCAGGCUGAGCUGGUCACCCGUCUGUCAGCCCGUCGCCCGCGGCUCAACACCUCAGAGGAGCCAGGCACACUUUACGGCCACACCCCGGAAUGCGGGCCCACCUGUCCCGUGUGGCACGUGGACCUCCGGAUCAGAAACCCCAAACUGUCCCCCCGUCUCCUGGAACUCUCCAGGCCCAAGACCCGCCACCCUCACGUCCAGAGCAAGAAGCAGCUGGGGGCCCCAAACACACAGGCCUUGGAGAAGGGGACCCCAGAGACCUCCAGAGCACAGACCAAGUCCCCCCAGCUGGAGCAUCUGUCUCUGCCCCGGCUGAGGCUCAGCCAGGUCUGCUACCAGCCAGGCCCACCCGAGGAGCCCAUCCGCACUGUUUCCAUGGCAGCACGGAGGGCUAAAGCUUCCCCUCGCAUCGAGCGGCUGGCGACGCCCAAGCAACUCCCUGACGGGUACGCCCCCCCUUCGUGAACCCCCCCAGAUAGCCAGCCUGACCCCACGUACACAAACCCAGCCCCAAGGCUACAUGUCAAGCAGCUGAUUAGUACGCCAAAAUACAGUGUUUGUUAUGCUGAGGCAACGUUUUUUUUGUCUUUUGGUUUGAUAAUUAUCUUUCUGUUCACUUAUAUUGAUUAUCUGUGAACUGCAGACCGAAGCAAUACAAAUGAUUCCUGUUCGAAAGACAGUUUUCAAGCAUUAAGCUUCUACCGGGAGUAAACCGGAUAUGUAGCAAGCACUUAGUCUCUAGCCAUAGAAACGGGGUUCCCCGCACUCAAACGGCCGAUAUAUAACAAUUGGGGCUUUUAAAAUUAGUGCGAUAUUAACGCGGUAACGCAAUCUUAGUUUAAUCUGAUUAAUAAAAAUGUAUGUGUUAAUGCACAUUCAGUAAGUGACUGCCUGAUUACAAUUCCCAAAUUUGUGGUGUUAUUUAUUUGAAUUUAACUCUACUUGUAGUAACUGUUGGUUUACAAUUUCCAAAUCGGUGGUUUUCCGUAAAUUAAAUUUUCCACCCACACUGAGUGAGUCAAUAAAACUCCCUCAAGAUCACUUGGUCAAAUUUGAGCUUAUUAAAUACAUUUGGUAUGAAUGAUAAUAAUCUAAGUUAACUGACCAAUACUAUGCGUUUAUUCCCUAUUUAAAACCCUAAUAGACUGGUUGAAGUCGUAAAAAACGGUGGGUGUGAGGCAGGUAAGAAAUUAAACUGAUACUGAAAAAAGUAUCAAUGCUAUAUAAAUGCUUUUUGAUUGAA